AGUAUGUAAUAAUUUAUGUGCUUUAUUAAUGAAAAUCAAUGUCUUUAUUCAUAAAUAUGUCGUCAUUGGUGUCAAAUGACCUCUGCCGAUCAUCUGACUUUCCUUUGUAAGCUUAGAAUUUCUUCUAUUUACUUACAUUGGACGGGUAAGCUCAAGUAGGCUUCCAUGUAGUUACGCCAUAUUAAAAAACUACAAUUAGCAGAGAGGGACAAAAAGCACUAGCCUACAGCAACGCGUUUCCACAACGCGUUUUCUGUCAGAGCCAGCAUCAAGUGAGCCAGCGUCACGUGAUCCAGCUGAAACGGACGACGAGAUUACUGCGAUGCGCAUGCGCCGCUUUGCACAGCACGGUUACGAACAACACAUCACAAUGGAUGAUCAUACUUACGCCGAGGCAAAGAGUAAGGAAUUAUCCGAGCCAACCAAAAAGGAAUUAAAAAGGAAACGUGACAGGCGAAUUCAAAAAAGUAGAGUAAAUAUCGGGAUAGCUUUUAGCAGGUGGAAAGAGCUGAUGAAGGCGAAAGAAUUCCAAAGGGAUGCUGAAGUUGCCUGCUUUCUUCUCGACAGUUAUGAGAGUACUCUUUUGAUUGGGAAUACAUCAACCCCCAUGAAGUCAAAACAUUCUCAAGUACCUACUGCUCCAGCAUUGUCAAGCAUUUCCAGUGGAACAGAUAGAGAUGAACAUCUGAGUGCAAUAGCAGACGCACCGGAAAUUGGAACCCUUGAGCAGAGCAUGCAUGACAUGAGCAUUGAUGAAGAGGAGUUGAACGAAAAUGCAUUCAAUGACCCCAUGAACAGUGUGAUUGAUUGGGCAGAAGAGGGGCCCUCAUGUCAUGGUGACCGGGAUGAUAGCUCUGAUGAUGAAUAUCUUCCGCCAAUUUCUUUGCGAAUGGGUGGUGCAUUGAAGGGAGCACAGGUAAUUGAAAAUCUCCCAACUAUUGGGAUUGAUGAGACUGUGCACGACCUGACUGCGCCCGACCAGACUGCCCCUUCGUAUGAGCCCAUGAGUCUUGAGCUGCCAAUUUUGCCAGGCCCUCAGAAGGUCCUCAGUGAUGAUGACAUCGUUGGCGUCAGAGCAGCAUUGCUCUAUGAGAACUGUUUGAGGCAGCUUGUCACAUUUUUAACUCUGCCUGUGAACAGAUGCACUGGUGUCUUGAGGACUGGUUUGGUGUGUGACACUGUUGGCCCUUUUUCAACAAACAUCACCUUCAGGGGCACUGCAAUGAUCAUUGAAUGGGGCUGCCCCAACGGACAUUGCCUGUGGCGGUGGAAUUCCCAGCCUGUGAUGAAGUUUGGCAUGCAGGCUGGGGACUUUCUUCUUUCCACAAACAUUUUACUUUCCGGAAACAACUAUGCUAAAGUUGCUCUCCUCUUCAAAUUCAUGAACAUGCGAAUGGUCAACCGUACCACACACUUCACCAUCCAGGACACAUACUGUAUUGACCCUAUUAAAGAAUUCUGGGAAGAGAAGAGGUCUGAGGCCAUUAGCCGACUUCAAGGGAAAGAAGUUGUGCUUCUAGGUGAUGGCAGAAAUGACUCACCAGGACAUUCUGCACAAUACUGUAGUUACACGACCAUGGAGCUUGACUCUAAGGAAAUCGUGCAUGUGGCCACUAUAGACAAGCGGCAGACCAACUGGAACUCCAAUAUAAUGGAGAAGGAAGGUUUUAUACAGACAGUGGACAAGCUUACCCAAGAGAUAAAGGUCGUGGAGUUCUGCACGGAUGCUCAUGUCCAGAUUGGAGCCCUCCUGAACCCAGACAAAGGCAGAUAUAAGGAUCUGAGAAUUCACCACAGCCUGGACAUGUGGCAUGGUGCAAAAAGUCUUGCCAAAAAGAUCUCUACUGCUGCAAAGAUGAAAGGACUGGCUGUUCUCCUUCACUGGCUGAGGGAUAUAGUGAAUCAUUUCUGGUGGUGUUGUAAGACAGCAGACACAUUUCAGGAAUUUCUUGGACUUUGGAUUGGAGUUCUACAUCAUGUUUGCAACAAUCACACCUGGGAAACAGGGAGCUGCCAACACGAUCACCUUGAAGACACUCAGGAUAAAGAGUGGAUUGAAAGAGAUUCCAAGAGUCACAAAGCACUAGUGGAUAUCGUCCUCAACAAGCGCUGGCAGAAGGAUGUCCACAAGUAUCUGCGCUUCAGAUCAACAGCACAUCUGGAGUCAUUUCAGAAUCACAUUCUGAUGUAUGCCAGCAAGCGCCAGGCCUUCACUCCCCGAGUGUAUGAUGCAAGAGUUGUGCUCGCAGCUCUGGACUACAAUUUUCAUCGUGAACGUCCAGCAUACAGGACGGCUGAGGGCCAACAACUUUUUAAGAAGAAGUACAACAAAAAUGCAAGAAGAUACAGCCUUUACACUGUAAAGUGUGAAAAAUCAUAUGCUUACAUCCCUGAGUUGCAAGCACGCAUCUUAAAAGGGAGAUUUACAAGCGGAGUUGGGAUGCCACGAAAGAGGACUCUAUGCCCCGAUGAUCCAAGGCGGCUUGGUGUUGUGCCCCCGAUACUUCCACCACCGACAUCAGAGUUGUUGCGUACACACGUCAGCAGAGGUUUAGGAUCAGCCUUUCAUGCUACUACCAACUUGGAGGCAGAUUAAGCUGUUGUUUUGCUGGUAUUCGAGUUAUUAGCACAUGUGCAAAAAAAUUGUAAAUAUUAAUAAAUCUACAACAUUUAUUUCAA